ACUUAAUCCAAGUUCGAACAAAGUUUGAAAUUUUGUUCUACCUUCAUAUAUAUUACACUUUCAUUUCAUCAUAUUUUUAGAGGUGCUAUAGAUAUCACAUUCAUCUAUUCCAAUAACUUUGGCAAUUUUUAUCUCCAAUACAAAUAAUUAGCAUUUCACAAACUCGAUUUAAGCGCACCCUAUCGAAAAUAAGAAACAGUCGUGAGUUAUGCCGUCGUUCGUCGUUCAAUGCCAUUUUGGUGAUUAUUGAUAUUCAUUUCAUUCAACUAAUGUUGAUCAGUCCUUGGAUUUCAGUGAAUAUUUUCAGUAUUAUUAGAUAAAACUCAUCUAGAGACACAUUUCAUUUACGGAAGUACGUGAAAUAACUGAAGUGAACUACAGUGUAUCUAGUGACCUGUGUAGUGAUCAUAUCAAGAUCUUGGAAAGCACUGAUUUGUACAAUGACAAAUUCAUAUCGGAAUCACCAAAUAAGAAACAAAACUAUCGUCAGAUAACUCGAUUAGUUAAUAUUAUUUUCUUAUAAGAUGAUCUGUACCGGUCCCAAAAGAUUUAUUCAUGGCGGCUGAUUCAAAUGUGGAUGUAUACAAAACAUCACCAAAAAGUAGAUGAAUGAAUGGAAAGAAAAACAUAAGGUGCCUAUGUAAAACAAAACACUGUUAGAUCACGUGAUGGAUCCAGUAUUGCAGAGAUUUGGAGAUGUUACCAUUCAGAGACUUGAAAAGCCAAAAGAACCCAAAGUGGGACCUCAAAAUGUCAGUAGUCCUUUGGAAACCCUUAAAGAGAAUAAAGAUGAAAUUUACAGUGAUAUGGAAGAUGAAAGUGAGGAUGAAAUGCCAGUUCCAAAUUUGAAAAGACCUUUUCCACCAUCAGAAGUUACAAUGAAAAAAUUUAAAUUCAAUUCUGGCGAAGUUAGGUUAGAAAAGAAAGGUGAAGAUUUGAAUCUUAAUUUUAGCGAAACAGAAAUAUCAGAUUAUGAUACUGAUUCAGAAUUGGAUGAAUCUGAAGGUGAAUUAAAUGAAUUGAAUACCAGUGAAGUAUUGAACACCAAGCCAGUUCCUAUAAACAAAGAUAACUCCCAGCAGUCCCAACUUCCAAGUUAUUCUGAAGAUGAGGCCAGCAGUAGCGCCUCAUUUUUUGAAAAACUAGUUGAGCAGGUGGAAGCUCCUUCGCAGAGUGUCCCUUCCACAUCUGCAGAAAGUGCUGCGGAAGAAGAAUAUGAUAUUGAUAUCAAGGAAAAAUUGAAAGAAAUGGGAGAAAUAAGUUUUGAAACUGUAAAGAAGGGAGAAAAACCUAAAAAGACUGAAGUGGCUGUUGAAAACGAGGUUGUAGUUACAUCAGCUAAAAAGAUAGGUGAUGUUGAAGAUAUACCUGGGCUGCCUAAGGGCAUUGCCCUCAGGCGAAACAUUCGGGAAGUUAUGGACGAAACAAAAUUGGAUGAGUCUACAUUGGCAGCUCAGAAGCUGGAAGCUGAGCGUUUGCGUAGGGUUCAAGAACAGCAGCGAAUCAAUCAAAAAAUUCUCAAAACUCAACAAGAAAGAAUGCAACACAAGGUGAUUUCAAUGUUGCAAGGAAAUCAAUUUUCGAAACCAGGUCCAUCAACACAAACGAGAAUAGGCAAUACUGUUCUAGUGAAAUUGCCAAAUGGACAAACCAAACCGAUGACACGUAUGCCGAAACGUCCGUUCGAAUUGCUAAGAAUGCCAAAAAAUGCUGGCCCGAGUCUACCUCCAAUGGGUGCACCGAGGAGUAACAGAAGUCUUUUAGUCACGAAAAAACCAGGAUACGGACCGAUACCUGCUCACUUACCUGGCGCUGAUUUGACACCUUCUGUUAGUAUAGCUCCUGUCACGAAGAAAUUCAUGCCGCCCAUCGCUCAUCGUCACAGCGAUAGUGACAGCGAGAACGAAGAUAGAAAAAUGCCUUUUUCACCACCUAUACACAGGCCUAAGGGUAAGCCUCCAGUUCCACCGACAAUCGACAUAUCAUCAGAUGAUGACUGUAUAGUCGUUUCUGAACCAGAGGGCGAUGAAGACGAACCAGACGAUGAUCCGGGCAACUCGGGAAUGCACACCAAUGACCAGUUCAAUCAACCCGACGAGAAAGGUCGAGUUUUAGUGAAUGUCGGCCAUCCUGACGGAGAACCUGAUGUGUUCGUCGCUCCUCAAAUUUCUAGAAUCAUAAAACCGCAUCAGAUAGGUGGAGUGAGGUUUUUGUACGACAACGUUGUAGAGAGUACCAGCCGGUUCGAGUCUUCUUCAGGUUUUGGCUGCAUACUCGCUCAUAGCAUGGGUCUUGGGAAGACCCUGCAGAUCGUUACUUUCUCCGACAUUUUCUUACGCCAUACUCCUGCCAGGACUAUCUUGUGCAUCAUGCCGAUAAAUACUUUGCAGAACUGGAUGGCAGAGUUCAACAUGUGGUUGCCGAAGGCAGAGGUUGCUGCGAACAGUCCUCUAAACGCAGAUGGUGAGGUUCGGCCUAGGAAUUUUGAAUUGCUCGUGUUGAAUGACAGCCAUAAAACACUUGUGGCCAGAGCAAAAGUGAUACAUGAAUGGAGGACGAAAGGAGGAGUAUUGCUGAUCGGAUACGAGCAAUUCCGCCUGUUGAGUUCGAGAAAGUUCCCCAAGUCUAGGAAGAAAACCAGUGAGAUGGAUCGUGCUGCCAAUGACGACAGGAAUAGAAUAUUAUUCGAUGAGGUUCACACUGCAUUGGUGAAACCCGGCCCAGAUCUAGUAAUCUGCGAUGAAGGCCAUAGAAUUAAAAACUCUCAUGCUUCAAUCUCUCAAGCUCUAAAACAAAUGGAGACUAAAAGAAGAGUUGUUCUAACUGGAUAUCCUCUCCAGAAUAACCUGAUGGAAUACUGGUGCAUGGUAGAUUUUGUAAGACCCAACUAUCUUGGUUCCAAGACGGAAUUCUGUAACAUGUUUGAGCGGCCCAUAAUGAACGGUCAAUGUAUAGACUCCACUGAAGCUGAUAUCAAACUUAUGCGGUACAGAGCUCAUGUUUUGCACUCGCUGCUGCUUGGGUUUGUGCAAAGAAGAUCUCAUCGUGUGUUGCAAACAGCCCUGCCUCAGAAGGAAGAGUAUGUCCUUCUGGUCAGGAUGACGCCUUUUCAGAGAACUCUCUAUGAAACGUUUAUGAAUGAGGUGGUCAGGAUCCAGGCUGUUCCAAACCCUCUGAAAGCUUUCGCUGUCUGCUGUAAGAUAUGGAAUCACCCGGAUGUGCUCUACAACUUUUUGAAGAAACGUGCCGGUGGAGAGGCAGUGGAUAUAGACCUGGAGGAAGUGGGAGGAGCUCCAGUGACCAAAGUGACGCCUGAGAAGCCAGAAAAGCCGGAAAAGUCUCCAGCCCGCGCUAAUACCAAACGAAAAGCUCCAGCCAAAGGAAAGAACGGCAAACCUGCAGCUUCUGUCACGCCAUACAACAGCUCCACUGAUCCUCCUGCGGCGAAUCUUCCACCACCUUCAAGUACCGUCCCCAGCUCUAACUUUUCCAACUCGUCACCUAUUACUUCGUUUAGCAACACCAUUUCCCAACAGGGAAAAGACAAGGGUCCUUCAAAUUUCAAUCAGAAUCUGAACACCACCAACAGCCUCCAGGAUAUGCCAACUAGUUUUUCUGAAACAAUUCCACAGCCAUACUACGAUCAGGAGUUCGACCAGAAUGCUCAGUUUCCAUCGUCUUUUCCCAACACAAACAAUUAUUCGUAUCCGAACACUCCUAACUCGAGUACAGGCUAUAACAACGUCACUGGCAGUGAUUCCAAUUUCAAUUUGUCUGAACACAACCGACCCCAGACCCCUUCUAGAACCACCUUCCUGAAUCUCGAUUCUCAGCAUUCGUUGACUCCAGUACCGAUCACUAGUCAAAACUCGAAUAGCUUUGCCAAUCUCUCUUCGGAAAUAUCUCUGACGCCUUUGAACUCAAAAGGGAAAGAUAGUCAGACCAACUUGGCUCAGCUCAACAGUGGGCAUACCCUAACUCAGUUGAACAAUGCUAGUACUACCUUGACUUCACUAAAUAACGAUAAUACUUCUUUGACGCCAUUGACCUCAAGUACUUCGUUAACUCCUUUGACCAACAUCAGUUCUGGCUUGUCGGCUAGCACAUCACUCACUCCGUUAAGUAGUACCAGUUUGACACCGCUAACUACUAGUAAGAGCUUGACCGGUAUGAGCAGUACCAGUACCACUUUGACACCGUUGAACAAUGUCAAUAGUACUUUGACGUCAUUGGGCAACGUUAGUACUUCUCUGAUUCCAUUGAGUAACUCUAGUACAUCUCUGACUCCUUUGAUAUCUUCGACUACAAGCGCUCUUGCUUCUUUGAAUAACAUGCAUCCUGGUUCAGAAGAUCUGAUGGAAAUUGGCACUACACCUUCUCAGAACAAUUCAGGGUACAAUCAGAACUCUUACAAUCAAAACGAGUACCAAGACUAUCAGCACAACUAUUGGAAUCAGCCUCAGCAGCAAGAAAAUAAUACUUAUAAUCAAGAACACAGUGAAUACUUUGGCCCGGUCAACAACCAGUUCAAUCCUGGCUUGACUGGUACCAAUGCGAAUCACUCGUGGAUAAAGAAAGAAGAUGCGAAGCCAGUUCUGACGAAUUUGGUGAGCCCCAAGAGUGAGACAAGCAAUGAGGCUAAGCCCAAAAUUAACAUAAUAAGUGACAUCAAGCUGCCUCCAGUGUUCAGUAGUCCUGAGAAAAAGAUAAAAAUUUUGAGUGACAUUAAAAUUGAGCCCAAGGUAGAAGAGGGUGGUGAAGCAUUCGAAACUAGGGCAGCUCCGGUCAAAACUGAAGUGAAGAAUGAGAUUAAGAGCGAGGUUAAAACUGAAGAUGAAAUGAAACCACCUCCAUCUCUACCCCAUGAUAAUAUUUUUGCCAAGAUGAGUUCCAUGGUUCUCAGAGAGUCAAAGGAAGACAGUGGUAUCCCAUAUGACUGGGCACUGGAACUUCUUAGAGACUACAAGCCUGGUUGCAUAGAAAAUUCCGCCAAAAUGGAAAUCCUGUUCUGUAUAAUAAAGGAGAGUAUAGCCUUAGGAGACAGGCUCUUAGUAUUUAGUCAAUCACUCAUAACCUUGGAUCUUAUCGAGCAGUUCCUUCAGAUGAGUAGGGUGCCAGGAGAGACAUUCAACUGGGCGAAGAAUACAAGCUAUUAUCGCUUGGAUGGCUCGACUAGUGCGUUGGAAAGAGAAAAACUCAUAAACGAGUUCAAUUCCAAUCCGAAGAUUCAUCUGUUUUUGGUGUCCACAAGAGCUGGUUCUCUGGGUAUCAACUUGGUGGGUGCCAAUCGUGUAGUAGUCCUCGACGCCUCUUGGAAUCCAUGUCAUGACACACAAGCUGUCUGUAGAGUGUAUAGGUAUGGUCAGAGGAAGCCAUGCUUUGUUUACAGAUUGGUCGUCGAUAAUUGUUUGGAAAAGAAGAUCUAUGAUAGGCAAAUAAAUAAACAAGGAAUGUCUGAUCGAGUUGUAGAUGAAUGCAAUCCGGACGCGCAUCUCACAAUGAAGGACGUCAGCACAUUGUGUUGGGACGACAAACGUGAUGAAUGUGAAGUGCAUGACUAUGCCGAUACGAAAGACAACUACAUCGAUGUAGUGCUCCAGAAGGUUUUGGAGAGACACGGAAAAGGUCUCAACAAGGAACCGUUUCAGCAUGAGUCUCUUCUCGUUGAUCGUAAGGAGAAGCAGCUGUCUCAACAGGAGAAACGGUUGGCUAAGAAAGGAUAUGAAAGAGAGAAGCAAGCAUCACGGCAACCACCGUAUAGUUUGAUGGGUUCGUCAAGGGGGCAUCGACCUGUUGCUUCGGUGAGGCCUAUGCAGCAAGGCGAAAGACCUUCGAGGUGGAUCCCUGCUGAACAUUGGCAGAGACAAGGCAUGACCGCACAGGAGAUGACCCUGCCUUUGGACGUUGUCAUUCCCACUAGUCAGCCCGAGAAAGGCAACAUCGUACUCAAAGCCGGUCAGAAAGUGUUGGUACUCAAAUCGCCAAAAGGUGUUUACAUGCAGCUUGAGAGUGGUAAGAUUGUUGCCAUUAAGACGGCUAUCAAAGUGAAGGGUAAAGCUGACGAAGGAAAUGAAGCUGCCAAGGCAUCUAAACCGCCUUUGUUGCCCCCUUCCAUCAAAGGAAACCCGUCGUUGUCAGUCACGCCCCAGAAGAGACCCACAAAACCGUUCACUCCAGGAUCAACGAAGUUCGGAGUGCAGAGCGUCAAGCAGUCCGUGCCCAAUUUGGUGUCGAGGAUUAAGAGCAUCCAGAAAAAAGAUACUCUGGACAGUAUUACAAGUGCAUAUCAUGCUACUAAUGACGACAAUUUGGAAAGUUUCGAAGACGACAUUUCCGAAACGUCGGACCCAAAACAACACGAACAGAGUGAAAUAAGUGAUCAAAGUGAUGAGGUCACAUACGUAUCUGAUCAAUCUCCAGGUGGGUCGCAGUACUCGGCACAAACUGCCGGAUCUCAGCCUUCCUCCGCCAACGACAUGCAGCCCAAAACCGAAACUCCUGAGUACGGUAACUACAACAAUUACUACAACUACAACGCACCGCCAUAUCACGGGCCUCCUCCCCCGCAAGGAUAUGGAUAUCCACCCCAACCUGCUCCCCCGUACGAUAUGAUGGGGUAUCCUCCUCAACCCCAACAACCGCAGUACAAUUAUGGUUAUCAGGGUUAUCCUCCACCGCCUCCCCAACCGCACUAUCCCCCUCCACCGCCCUCACAACCUGGCUACGAUUACAAUAAUCCACCUCCUGCUCAGCCUAUGUACGGAGGAUAUCACAAUCCUUACCCCCAGCAGUACCCUCCUCCUCCCGCGCAGACUAUUUACCCCCCGCCUGCGUCGACGGCGCCCGCUCCCCCCUACACCGACUAUCAACAGCAAUACCCCCCUAUGAACAAUGCGGCCCCUCCCACGACAUAUUACCCCAAUACAUAA